ACCUCGAACCAAAGGCGGGGGAAAGAAACAGUGGAAAUGGCUAAGUCAUCGUGCUCUGUUCUCUUUGCCUUGUUCAUUGCCUUCUUUCCUCUCUGUCUCUGUUCCCAAACCUACGGAAGUGGGUAUCUCUUCCCUCAGUUCUACGACCACUCUUGUCCCCAAGCUCAAGAUAUUGUUAAGUCCAUAGUCUCCAAAGCAUUUGCCAAGGAUCCACGAAUGGCCGCAUCACUGCUUAGGCUCCAUUUCCACGACUGUUUCGUCAAGGGAUGUGAUGCAUCGCUGUUGCUAGACAGCAGCGGGAGCAUCGUCAGUGAGAAAAGAUCAAACCCGAACAGAAACUCGGCCCGAGGAUUCGAAGUCAUCGACGAGAUUAAGUACGCAUUGGAGAAGGAGUGCCCCGAAACAGUUUCUUGUGCUGAUGCCUUGGCUCUUGCCGCUAGAGACUCCACCGUUCUUACGGGUGGACCGAGCUGGGAAGUGCCUCUGGGAAGAAGAGAUUCAAAAGGGGCAAGCUUAAGCGGGUCCAACAACGACAUUCCAGCCCCUAACAACACUUUUCAGACCAUCCUCACCAAGUUCAAGCGUCAGGGCCUCGACCUCGUCGAUCUUGUUGCUCUUUCUGGGAGCCACACUAUCGGAAAUUCGAGGUGCACAAGUUUCCGGCAGAGGCUGUACAACCAGUCCGGGAACGGCAAACCGGACAUGACCCUCGACCAAUCGUACGCCGCCACGUUGCGUCCCCGGUGUCCGAGGUCCGGCGGCGACCAGAAUCUCUUCUUCCUGGACUUUGUCACGCCGACGAAGUUCGACAACCAUUACUUCAAGAACCUGAUAAUGUACAAGGGACUGUUGAGCUCUGACGAAGUGCUCUUCACGAAGAACAGAGAAUCGAAGGAGCUGGUGAAGCUUUACGCGGCGAAUGAGGAUGCCUUUUUCGAGCAGUUUGCGAAGUCGAUGGUGAAGAUGGGUAACAUCUCGCCAUUGACGGGGGCGAGGGGCGAGAUUAGGAGGGUUUGCCGGAGGGUUAAUCAUGUUUAAUCUCUUGAUUAAGUGGGGUUGCUUUUGCAUAUUUGCAUGGAUGGAUAUUUGGAUUUCUCUUCUUUGAUGUAUGGGUUUAAUUUUCUUGUUUUGAUGAUGAUUUCUCUGUAUUUCGCGUUUGAAUCAAUGCUUGGACAUAUUUGAAUA